GCAUGUUUUGGAGUAAAGAAGAGGAGGAGGGGAAGCCUUUUGGAGAGCACCUGUCAGGAGUCAGAUCUCAUUUUCCCACAUCAUGUCUUCAGAGAGCACCUUGGAUGAUGAAGAUACCUUCAAGAUCCUGAUUGCUACAGAUGUUCACCUCGGUUACCUCGAGAAGGAUGCUAUCCGUGGCAACGACACUUAUAGCACACUUGAUGAAAUACUUGAAUGUGCCAAGACAAAUCAGGUAGAUUUCAUCCUGCUGGGCGGCGAUUUGUUUCAUGACAACAAACCGACACGCCGAUGCCUCCACAACUGCAUCAGUAUGCUGAGAAAAUACUGCAUGGGAGACACGCCCAUACACUUCAACAUCCUCAGUGACCAGAAUGUCAACUUCAACACCACCCAGUUCCCCUGGGUUAACUAUCAGGAUGAAAACCUCAACAUCUCUAUUCCUGUAUUCAGCAUUCAUGGUAACCAUGACGACCCAACUGGGGCUGAAGGUUUGUGUGCGUUGGAUCUGCUGAGUGCUUCUGGUCUCGUGAAUCACUUUGGUCACUCCCAGUCAGUGGAGAGGAUAGAGAUUAGUCCAAUCCUCAUGCAGAAAGGCAAAACCAAGCUAGCUUUAUUUGGUCUUGGCUCUAUCCCAGAUGAGCGGUUGUACAGGAUGUUUGUCAACAACCAGGUAACGAUGCUUCGGCCCAAAGAAGACCAAGAUGAAUGGUUUAACCUGUUCACCAUCCACCAGAACAGGAGUAAACACGGACCCACUAACUACAUCCCGGAGCAGUUCCUGGAUGACUUUCUCGACUUGGUGGUUUGGGGUCACGAGCACGAGUGUCUGAUUGCGCCAAGCAGAAAUGAACAGCAGCUCUUCUAUGUGACACAGCCUGGCAGCUCUGUAGCCACCUCCCUGUCCCCUGGAGAGGCGGCCAAGAAGCACAUAGGGCUGCUGAGGGUGAAAGGUCGUAAGAUGAACUUGCAGAAGAUCCCCCUAAAGACUGUCCGUCAGUUCUUCAUCCAAGAUGUGGUGUUAGCUGACUACCAAGACCUCUUUACACCUGAUACACCCCAGGUCACAAAGAAGGUGGAGGACCUGUGCUAUGCAAAGGUUGCAGAGAUGUUAGAAGAAGCCGAAAGAGAAAGACUCGGGUGUCCGUUAACACCGGAGAAACCUCUUAUUCGCCUGAGGGUGGACUACACUGGCGGCUUUGAGACGUUCAACACUUCUCGCUUCAGUCAGAAGUUUGUGGACCGUGUAGCCAACCCAAAGGACAUCAUUCACUUUCUCAGACGCCGUGAGCAGAAGGAGGGCAUCAAAGAUGAGGUCAAUGUUGACUAUGGAAAACUGUUAAAAACCACCGCAGUUGAGGGGCUCAGAGUGGAAGACCUGGUUAAACAGUACUUUAAAGCCACUGAACAGACAGUGCAGCUGUCCCUUCUGACGGAGCACGGCAUGGGGAAGGCCAUUCAGGAGUUUGUGGAUAAAGAUGAGAAAGACGCCAUUGAAGAGCUGAUCACUUACCAGUUAGAGAAGACACAGCGCCACCUCCAAGCCAGAGGAGUAACAUCGGAGCAGGAUAUAGACACUGAGAUCCAGCGAUUCAGAGAAUCCAAAAAGAACACAACUGAGGAAGAGAAUGAAAUCAAAGAAGCUAUGAACAGAGCCAAAGCUCACCGUUUAGAGCGUGGUGAGGAUCCUGUAGGCUCGAAUUUAGCUGGUGACAUUAAUAUGGACUCUGAUAACGAUGACCCAUCAUUCGCAUCCCCUCCUCCGACACGAGGCAGAGGGCGAGGAGGCAGGGGGAGGGGUGCUCGGGGAAGAGGGAGAGGUGCAGCUGCCUCUGAACCAAAGCCAGCGGGUCGGGGCCGCGCCCAGAAGUCCUCAGCAACAACCCAAAGCAGGAGCAUAAUGCAAGCAUUUCAAGCUCCAUCCCAGAGAUCCUCUCGGACUGCAGCCCCCCCUUCUUAUGUAGAUGAUUUGACCAUCGAUGACUCAGAUGAAGACAUACCUGUAAUGAAAACUACCCGAGCCCCUCCGAGACCUGCAGCAUCGUCAUCAUCAUCAUCAUCCUUCACCAAGUACAGCUCUCAGAGUCAGAGCCAGUCUAGAGGAAUCGCAUUUGAUGACAGUGAUGAUGAUGAGGACGACCCAUUCAAAGGCCCCAGUCGUUCACGGAGAUAACCAUAAGUGCAUCUAAUAUGUAACACUUGUUAAUGUUGUUGAUUGUUGUUUAAAAAUCUGUAAAUUUACUAGCAAGUGAGCUGCUGCUGUUCUGAAGGAUUUCAAAAGUGCAUGUUUCAAUUUUCUCAGCAAAUCUUCCUACUGUUGACAAUAAAUAGUUAUGUUGGUCAGCUACAGCUUAGCUUAAAUCAAACUGUUUUGGUGAUGAGGAGUAGGCUAAAGACUUUCAGACACUCACUGGUGCAGAAUCUGCUACUGUACAGUGACACUGAUCAGAGUUGGGUUUUACAUUGGCCCAGGAAAUUAAACAUGUUUUUUUCAUACACAA